UGGAGGAAGAGGAGACGGCGGAGAGGAGUGGAGAGGAGACGGGAGAGGAGAGAGAGUGAGAGUGUAGAGUGGAGAGGAGCGGUAGCGGGAGUAUUGGAGUACAACACUACAUGGAUCGCAGAAAUGGCGGCGAUCCCUUGGCGCCACCCCGGCCCCCGAAGCUAUUACCGCGCGUGCAUCGACCAAGGGCGCCGGAGCCGACAUUAAGUGGUGUCCAAGGAGGAGCAUCCGUGGCAUCCACAGCAAUCCACAAUAAUAAUUCACAGCAGCAACAACUUAGUAUUAACGCAACGACGACAGCGACAGCGACGACGACGAUAAACAAUAACACGAUAUCGAUAAUACCCGCAUCACCGAUUUCGGCCGAUUACGAUUCCGAUUAUCAGAUCCAUCAUCUGACAUUUCUGCCACAGCGACCGAGCAGCUUGAGUCGCAACAGCAGCAACGCCUCCUCAUCGACAGCGACAGCGAAUAGCAGCAGCACGGGCACGGGCUCGGGCUCCAUUUCCGUAUCCGGUUCGAGCUUCCGCAGACGUCCGCCAGCACCGGCGCCGCUGCUGAGCCUAGCAUCCGCGUCGGAGAACAACAACUUCCUUAGUCAUUUCCAAACCAGCGCUGAUCAACCAGUGCCCCAGUCUCCAGUCACACUGGCGCAACCGCGACCCGAGUCCGAGAGGCUAACGAACGAGUAUGUGGACACGCCGCUGCAGCAUGCCACACGCAUGCAGCAUCCGGCUGGGCAGCAGGAUAAUGGCCAAACGACAACGCAUCAUUUGCUGUUGCUGCCCCAAAGGCAGCAGCACCAUCAGCAUCUGCAGCACCUGCAACACCCGCAUCAUCAUCAGCAAUCCUCCUUUGCUCAGCAGCAUCAGCAGCAACCUCAUGUCAGACUGGGAGCGACGACGACGACGACAACGACGACGGCGACGCAGGGAGGAGCAGGAACAGGAGGAAUCGAUCAUACCGAUGGCUUAUUACAUUCACAUUUGCACUCCACAACGCCAGCGCAACAGCAACAGCAGCAGCAUCACCUAAGCAAAGGACAACCCGCCACAAAGCCUCGACUGGGACUGGGAUUGGGAUUGGGUUUGGGUUUGGGAUUGUCCCAGCAGCCCAUCACGCAACCCAUCAUCACCAAGCAGCCGACAGCCACAACACCCGCCACGCAGACACAGACGAGCAAGGAGCAUAUGCACGCGUUGGAGGAGCUCCUGCAAGCACAGCCCGGCAGCGGAGGGGGCGGAGCUGGACCCAUUGUAAUGGGUGGCGAUCCCACGCUAAUGAUACCCAUUGUGUGUCCGCGGUGCGGCCGAUGCCGCUGCGAGCAGUGCCAGAGUCCGCGACCGCUGCCACAGACAUGGGUGUGCAACAAGACGUGUCUGUGCAGCGCCGAGUCCAUCAUCGAUUAUGCCUCCUGUUUGUGCUGCGCCAAGGCGUUGUUCUAUCACUGUGCGCGGGACAACGACAUGGACUGUGACGAUGGCAACGGAACACCCUGUGUGGAUAAUCCCUGCUCCUGCGGCCCCUACAAGCGCACCCAGAGAUGGGGAUGGCUGGGGGCACUGUCGAUUGUGCUGCCAUGCCUCUGGUGCUAUUGGCCGAUGAGGGGUUGCAUGAAGCUCUGCGAGAAGUGUUACGGCAGGUUUGCGGGACGCGGAUGUCGCUGCCAAGGCGUGGGUGGGGCAGGAGGCGGAGGCAUUGGUUCCACCAGCAGCAUGCUGCCGAUUGUCCCGCUGGGCGUGAAUGGAGCCAAUGGAGGACUCGGCGGUGGCCUCAAUGGGGCCACCAAUGGAGGGCAGAUCGGAGGAGCGGGAAUGGGACCCUUGAGCCAGGCCAAUGGCAAGGCCAUUGAUCAUGGCUGCAGUGCGGCCGCCAGUCGUAUCCUUCGCAAAGGCGACCUCACACCCGAAAAGCGACUCCUCGACUCCAGUCCGGAUUACUAGAAAGGGGUACACAAAUCUAAAGGGAAAAUCCCGUUCUGGGUUCUGUGUGUGGUUUUUCCCUAGCCGAAAAAACCUCAAACACAGGGCAAUGAAAAUUUAACAAGAAGGAGCUGGAAUCUAGAGAUAAAUGUGGUGGCACCCCAACCCAACCCCUAAAAAUAUAUAUAUAUAUAGUAUAUAUACGAAAGAAAA